AUGGCAACCGUUGGCAGUCAAGCUGCUUCCUCCUUCCACGGAGCGACCUUCGCCAAUCCCCUCACUCACGACGUCAGCAUCUUGAGAUCCAACGCGGCGCUGGGCGACGCGCUGGCGACAGCGGAGCGAGCCAUCGCAGGCCUCGCCCAGGUCGUCGACGUCGUCAAGCGUCGCCACUCCGCGCCGUCGCAGUUUCCUUCACUCGCCGCCCCUCCGCCGCCGUUCCAUUUUUACCAGCCGCUGCCAUUCCAAGCCAGCUAUGUCCCGUGCGCCGCUCCUCUCCCCGCAUGUGCCGGCGCAUCUCCCGCGUCCUCUUCCGUCUCCCAGCAUUCCGCCGCCCCCGCUCCGCAAGUCGCCAUUCCGCGAUCAAGCGCCGUUUCCGGCUCCAAGCGCCGCGCGGCGGCGCUCGCGACCACCUCGAGACCCGCGCCGCCGCGUGCGAAGCGCGCAAAGCGCGCCAAGCGCUCCGCAACACCUGAAUCUGCUCCGCCCUCGCUCGUCCCGUCCAGCGGCUCCGACUGCGAGUCGGAGACAAGCGGCUCGUCGCCGUCGCCGCAAACUGAAGCUCCCGUCGCAGGGGCCGUCGCAGGAGCCGUCGCAGGGCCCGUCGCAUACAAGGGCGUGCGACAGCGCAAGUGGGGCAAGUGGGUGUCGGAGAUCCGCGAGCCCAACAAGCGCACGCGCAUCUGGCUGGGAUCCUUCGACUCGGCGGAAGACGCCGCGCGCGCCUACGACGUGGCGGCGCGGCUGCUGCGCGGAUCCCAGGCUUCGCUCAACUUCCCCGGAGAUCAAUCCCACUCCGUUCCGCUUCCGUCCGCGACAGCGGAGGCGCUUCUGAAGGCGAGCCGCGAGGCGGCGAAGACGUUCGAUACGGCUGAGGUUGCUGAUGUGCUGGAGAAGUCGCUGCUUGCUACUAACGGAGCGCUUCUUGGCGCGGAUAUCACGAUUCAGCUCCCGAAGGCCGGACCGGCGGAACCAGCUGCUACAGAUGCGUCUGUAGCAGCAGCGGACGGCGCCGCUUCAGCGGAGGUCCCUUCCAACUCAGAUCUCACCACUACCAGUGUGUUUGACGAUAUUCCCUCCGAUUCGAUCUCCGCCGUUGAUGCCUUCUCCGCGCCUCUCCGCAGCGCCAGCCAAGUCAGCCUUGCCUACAGCGAGAGUGACAGUAUCGAGUCGCUCCUGACGGAUCUGGAGGAGCCGCACGGCGCUGAGCUGGCGCUGAAGGCUGAGCUGUCAGUCGACGAGGACAGCCUGUUCCACGGUGUCAUGGAGGAUUUUGACCUGGCAGCGGCUUGUGGGAGCGUUGAAGGAUUUGAGGGCACCGCGGGUAACGCGGAGAACAAUCAGCAGAGAUCUCCUCAGGAGAUUCCUCACACCAUCUUACGCUCCAUGAUGACGUCAGCGGCGCCGCAUUCACAGGUUCCUACUAGCGUUGCUCCCGCCUUAGAUCUGGCCAGCGCUAGUAGCAUUCUCGCGCUCCUUAAUCCGGACCUUGCGGCGGCGCGGCUCAGGGGAAUGGCGCAAGCUGGUAGCGGCGGUACUGGCGGCGGCAUUAGCGGCGGUACGAACGGCGGUAUCCGCAGUAGCGGAGCAGGGCAAGAUCUGGGCUCAGCAGGUGGUUCGCUUCCAGUGCCAGCGGCGGCACGAGCUGCGCCGCAUCCGGCGCCGUCAGUUCCGCCGCCGCGCCCGCCAGCGGCGGUCUGGCCGGCGGCUCAGCAAAUCGGGACGCAUCUGACGGCUAGCUGGGGAAACAUGGGGCUCGAGACGGGCAAUGCACUCGUUAUAAGCAAUCGCGGUUCCGUUAUAAGCAUACCUGGUGUAUCUUCUGGGUCAGCAGCAGCAGCAGCAGCAGCAGCAGCAGCAGCAGCAGCAGCAGCAGCAGCAGCAGCAGCAGCAGCAGCAGCAGCAGCAGCAGCAGCAGCAGCAGCAGCAGCAGCAGCAGCAGCAGCAGCAGCAGCAGCAGCAGCAGCAGCAGCAGCAGCAGCAGCAGCUGCAGCAGCAGCAGCAGCAGCAGCAGCAGCAGCAGCAGCAGCAGCAGCAGCAGCAGCAGCAGCAGCAGCAGCAGCAGCAGCCUCUAGGCAGUAG